GUUUGCCGCCGCCGAUUCAAGUCUUUCCAGCCGCAGGCCAAAAAGCAUAAACCAGACAGAGAAAGAGGCGUCUUGUCUUUUUUUCCCCCUUACAAACGAAUUUUUCUCUGCAUCUGUUGUGCCGCCUCGAAAGGACAAUCAUAGAUCUCUUUGUUGAAUAGACGAGCCUCGUUUCUUUUCUUUUUCUUUUCCCCAUUGCUAAUUUGAAAAUGUCCGGCGAAAACAUGGAAGUCGAGCUUGCUGAGCAGAAGCUCAAGACCAUGGAGCACAGCGAGCAGCAUUACUUUAAGAGGUACGAUCAUCAUGGCAUCCACGAGGAAAUGCUGAAAGAUGAGGUGCGCACGAGGUCGUACAUGAACGCCAUUGUCCAGAACAAGCACAUUUUUAAGGACAAGGUUGUUCUCGACGUUGGAUGCGGUACCGCGAUCCUUUCUAUGUUUGCCGCCAAGGCUGGCGCUAAGCAUGUCAUCGGUGUGGACAUGUCCACCAUCAUCUUCAAGGCCCGAGAGAUCGUCAAGACCAACGGCUUGUCAGACAAGAUCACUCUGAUUCAGGGCAAGAUGGAGGAGAUCGAGCUGCCCUUCCCUCAAGUCGACAUCAUCAUCUCCGAGUGGAUGGGCUACUUCCUCCUGUACGAAAGCAUGCUGGACACUGUCCUUUACGCCCGUGACAAGUACCUUGUCAAGGAUGGUCUCAUCUUCCCCGACAAGGCCACCAUCUUCUUUGCCGGUAUUGAGGAUGGCGACUACAAGGAGGAGAAGAUUGGAUUCUGGGAUAACGUGUACGGCUUUGACUACACUCCCCUGAAGGAGACCGCUCUUUCAGAACCCUUGGUCGAUACUGUCGAUCUCAAGGCGGUCGUUACCGAUCCCGUCCCUGUCCUGACUCUCGAUCUCUACACCUGCACCACCGCCGACCUCGCCUUCAGCACUCCCUUCACUCUGACUGCCAAGCGAGAUGACUUCGUCCACGCUCUCGUUUCUUGGUUCGACAUCGACUUCACCGCCUGCCACAAGCCCAUCCGCUUCUCUACCGGCCCUCACACCAAGUACACUCACUGGAAACAGACCGUUUUCUACAUCAAGGACGUCCUCACCACACAAGAUGGAGAGGAGAUCCACUGCAAACUUGACGUUAAGCCCAACAACAAGAACCGCCGUGACUUGGAUAUUGAGAUCGAGUACAACUUCCAGACUACGGAUGCAAACAGAGUUGCCUCUGGUCACAGCGAGUACAAGAUGUGCUAAGCGUAUGUUUCUCUGUUUUUGACUGGAGUAUUUUGAGGAUUAGAAAUUGGAAGAACGGAUACCGGAGGGGUGGGGGUGACCGGAGGCUCGCGGAGACGACAGCGAAUAACGGAGUAUGAAAGAAUGAUGAGACUCGGCUUUUUUGGUGGCGUACAUAGGUGGUUUUUUUCAUGUGUGCAGAUGGGUUUAAAAGUAGGCAGAUAGACCAGCGCAGCGAAUGCUACGUCUCGGAAAGAAAGAAGUAUCAAAAAGGAACUUUCGAUCUGCGCAGUUAUAGCCGUGAUGCCUUUCAGUUUACAUUUACCUUUUCCUGUGGCUACACUUGAUUAUACUGCAGACUCAUAGCCAACGCGUUCAGGCAUGCAGAGAUUGGCCUCGUCUAGGGGCAGUGGCCUCACAGAAAAUAGCGAUAGACUGUCUAGAACAUACCCCACACAGAUAUUCGAAGCAGUAAUAUAUCCUCAAUGAUGCAAACCUCUUUGCGAAUUCCUGCG